AUGAAUGAUUGGGUAUUUACUGAUGAAAAUCAUCCAUUUGAAAAUCAACGAAUUAGUGCGUUGGAUGCUAAAAAUUUCUCAACAGAAGAAGUUAGAUCUUUACUUUCAAUUAAUGAGAAAAACGAAAGUUUUAUUAGCAAUGAAAGAAUUUCUCUAACUAUUGAUAAAGAAAGUGAAAAGGCUGAGAAUGGUGGUGAAGAAUAG